AUGAUCCCCUCUCCUGAAGACCUGAGCUUCCGAAAUAAAUACUCUUUCAAUUCCACCAUUUUGGGAGUACUCUCGGCUGCCCUGUUCAGGAUGAACGUAGAUAAGACUGCUACUACGACGGGGGUCAACGAGGAUCCGUUGCCUCUGAACCCUGAUUCUCCCCGGGUGAAGACUGAGGACGAAGAAGACGAAGACAAACAGGAUGGUGUUCGAGUCGCUGAGGCAGUCACUUCUUCCUGGUCGAGACAGUCUCUGAUCAUAGUAUAUGCCUCAAUGUGGAUGCUAUACUUUGUCAAUGGUCUGAACAGCAGUCUUACAGCCAAUCUCUCGGCCUAUAUUACAAGUGAUUUCUCGGAGCAUUCGCUGCUCACCGUGAUCAGCGUUGUCACCAGUGUAAUGGGCGCUGCUUGUGUGAUGCCGAUUGCGAAGGUGCUGAAUCUGUGGGAUCGAACCCUGGGAAUUUGUAUCAUGGUGUUGAUUGCUAUCAUGGGUCUUAUUAUGAUGGCUGGUUGCAACAAUAUCGCGACUUACUGUGCUGCGCAGGCAUUCUACACGGUCGGCUUCACCGGUACAAUCUUCUCUAUUGACGUGAUCACAUCGGAUACCUCCUCUCUCCGAAAUCGUGGCCUGGCUUACGCUUUCACCUCCUCACCUUAUAUCAUCACUGCAUUCUCUGGAUCUCCCUUAUCCAACCAAUUCCACGAAACGAAUUGGCGAUGGGCAUAUGGAACCAUCUGCAUCAUUCUUCCAAUCGUUGCGCUGCCUUUGGUGGUUACUUGGGAGUUGGCGAAGCGAAAGGCUGACAAGGAGGGUCGACUGCAAUAUAAGCCCCGUAGUACCCGGACAUGGAUGCAAAGUGUUUGGUUUUAUGUCAUUGAGUUUGACGUCAUCGGCAUAUUCCUCAUGAUCGGCGGCCUGAUCCUCUUCCUCACGUCCUUCAACAUCGCUGGCAACACGGAAGGAGAAUGGAGCUCACCCAAAAUUAUCGCCAUGAUGGUAGUUGGAUUCUGUGUCCUCAUCGCCUUCGUCGCCUACGAGCGUUGGGGCGCACCAAAGCCAUUCAUCCCGUUCUCGCUUCUCUCCAAUCGUACCGUGAUCGGUGCUUGUCUUUUGGAUAUCACAUACCAGGUCUCCUACUACUGCUGGGCUAGCUACUUCACCUCCUUCCUGCAAGUUGUCUUCAACACUAGCCUCACUCAAGCCGGUUACAUCGCUGCCAUCUUCGACUUUAUGGAUCCUAUCUGGCUUCUCGGGUGUGGAUACCUGAUCCGAGUCACCGGCCGGUUCAAGUGGCUUCUCAUGUUUUCCGUGCCCCUAUACCUUCUGGCUAGCGGACUGAUGAUUUACUUCCGCUCACCGGGCCACAGCGUGGGAUACAUGUGCAUGUGCCAGAUCUUCCUGGCCGUCGGCGGUGGCACUAUGAUCUUGAUUGAACAAGUUGCCGUGCUCGCCGCUGCCAAGCAUGAAGAUUAUGCUGCCAUGUUGGCACUGCUUAGUGUGUUUGGCAACGUCGGUGGUGCUGUGGGUAGCAGUGUCUCGGGCGCUAUCUGGACCAACACGCUUCCAAAGAAACUGCAGGAGCUGUUGCCCGCGGAUACUGUGGACCAAUGGGCCGACAUUUAUGAGUCGUUGGAUGUUCAGCUCAGCUAUCCGGUUGGCUCGCCCACUCGCAUCGCCAUUCAGAAUGCGUAUGCGUUUAGCCAGCGGAACAUGAUGAUCGCGGGAACUGCUGUUAUGGGGUUGUCGAUUGGUUGGGUUCUCAUGAUGAAGAACAUCAAGGUGAAGGAUAACAAAGAUGUUUCAAAAGUUUUAUUCUAG